GCACGAGCUGAAUUUUUUAAACCUAAUUAAUCCAUAAUUGAUAUUAUUUGCCAAAUAACAACGAAAUAUGCUACAAUAUUAAAAUUUAAUUUUUUUCACCAACUAAACACACCCCCAAUUCGUCUGCCGGAAUGGGAACAGUACGAAUUACUGCAAUUAUUUUUAUUAAUUGUUUUCUCAGGAGAACCGUAGUGCUGCAGGUGCGCAAGCAGCUCGCCCAGGUUGAUCUUAACGAUGCAACCUAGAUGUCUCACCGGGUGCUGAGACCGUGCGUGCAUGGGAAGACGUGUGAGUGUGCGUUAGUAUAGCAUGUUUCGAGACUACUCGAAUAGAUUCAUUUGUGUUAAAUCUGAUUUAGCGUCCACGUCUAACCUCUUAUAUGAUAGGCUAAUGCUCCUGGCUAUAAAAAAUAGUUUUUCAGUUUUUGGAAGGAGACCGUAAAAAUGGGAUUACAAAUAUUAGUCUUUGCAGUUUUACUAUUGAACCUAUAUUUUAUAGACACUGAUGAUCCCACAGUGUCACUGAGAAUGGCAAAUUCACGAGUGAUCAAUGUUUGCAAUUUUAAUAUUGCAAUUUUUUCUAACUUUUGCGGCAUGUGUUGUACUUGCACUUGCUUAGUUGCUUUCUAGUACUGUAAUGGAAAGGCAGAGCACCUGCUUCGAAAAAAAUGAAUUUCAGACGGAGAUGAAGCCAGCCAAACCGCUUCUUUGAAAUGACCAUCGAGCCCCAAGCCGAUAAGAACAAAAAGCCUGACUCCUCUCUCUCUCGGCCGCGCCGGCGAACGGGCCGCCCGAGAUGAGCUCCAGUUCGCCGCCCGGGCACCCGUCGCACCCGGAAUCAGCAGAUGACUGCAUUCCACUAGAGAAGAGGACAUGGCGUAAUGUCAAGAAACAUGCACAGAAUUCUGAUAGGAUCAGCACACUCCCAGAUGAUAUUUUGAUCAAAAUACUUUCGCUAAUGACAGUAAGGGAGGCUGCAAGGACUGAUGUUCUUUCCCCAAGAUGGAGACACCUCUGGGAAAACAUCGACCAUCUCAUCCUUGAUAUGGAUACUUUUGGGAUGCAAGUGCCAGCAAAUUCAGAUUAUCAUGGAAAUCCUGAUUUCUUGAAUUCAGAGGCUACAAAGUUUGUGAAUAAAGUAAUUGGGGUUCUGAGACACCAUAAAUGUAACAGAAUCAAGAAAUUCGAGGUUAAGUUCCCAUUAUCCUCAGUCCAUGCUUCAGAGCUAGAUCGCUGGGUUGCAUUUGCAGCGACAUCCGGUUCAGAAAUGGUUAACUUUAUCCUUUCCAACUAUAAUGGCAUGGUGCGGUUGGACACACAGCAUGCAAAGCGAUACUUGUUCCCUUUGGAGCAUUAUGUUGAUUUGGGAGGCUGCCAAUUGCGCUAUAUAUUUCUAUCCACAUGCAGUUUUAAAACAGUGCCUGCAAACCUCAUUGGAUUCCCUUAUCUGGUUUCCCUGAGACUCGACUUUGUGAAAGUGGUUGAUGAGGUUCUUCAGAGUAUUAUAUCCAGCUGUCGUGCUCUCCGUCAGUUAUAUCUGGGAAGAUGUCAUAAGUUGAUCAAUCUGAGAACUUCUCAUGCAGAACUGUUGGCCUUAGGAGUUCAUAACUGCAGGAGAUUAUUAAGUAUCAGUAUUCAUGCUGAAAAGCUCAAGCAUUUCUCAUACAUGGGUAAUAAGGUCGUCAACAUUGAGUAUGAAUGUGCACCAGUUCUUUGUGAACUUAAUGCUCUUUUUCUGCAUGGUGGUGAGUUCCCUUUAGAAUGCAUAGGUGUAUGCCCUGAACUCAAAACACUGAGGUUGCAGUUCCCCUCUCGUUUACAGGUAUCUCGUAUACUACAUCUCAGUGGAAGAUUCACCAGUUUGAAGGAAAUUAUGUUGUGUAUCUUGACAUCUUGGAAAAAGAGCAUCCGUUUUGUCCCUUAUCUGCUUAAAGCGGCCCGUUUAGUAGAAAGACUGGAGCUUGAGGUCCAUGGCAGCCUGCGUCCACCAAAAAUGCUGAAGAUUAGAUGGCCCAAGAAUUUUACACCUACAAGGCUCCACACAAUUAGGAUUGGAGGCUUUAGUGGGGAAUCUGAAAUGGUGCAACUUGUAUUCUUUCUGUUAAGUUGGUCACCUAUGUUGAAGACACUAACAAUUGACACACAUCCACGCAACUACGUUGGCUACAACAAAUGGAAGAGGGAGGAGUCUGAAGAUGAUGCAAGGAGUAAUUAUGCAAGGGACAACUACGUUGGCUACAGCAAAUGGAAGAGGGAGGAGUCUGAAGAUGAUGCAAGGAGUAAUUAUGCAAGGGACGUGGUGUCAACUCACUUGGCCCCUAAUGUUCCAUGUACCGUGAAGCUCACUAUUAUGUGACUGUUGUGCUAUUGAUAAGAAUGUCACGGUCGUUACCAAUUAUGUAUGAAGUAGGGCAUUUUGAGCAUGUUAUGGGAAACCAGUUUGC